GGGAGGACAAGGGGCCAGGGGAGGAGGGCCUUCUCAUCUCCAAGAGGGGAGACCGAGGCAGCCAUCCAUCACUCUGACAGAUGGUGAGGAGGCAUGGGUGCCCAGGAGCGUCAAGAUUUGUGGACCUCUCGUUGUCCAGGUCACUGAGCAGGUCCCAGGAAGGUGGCGUCAGCAUCUGCAGCCGCGUCGACGUUGUCAGAGCCUCCGCAGAGGACCCAGGAGAGUCGGACUAGGGCCAGGGCCCCGGGCCUCCCUACGCUCCCCAUGGAGAAUCCCGCGGCCUCAACGGAGACCCAAGGGCCUCGGCCAGUCCUGGGCAGGGAGAGUGUCCAGGUGCCGGACGACCAAGACUUCCGCAGCUUCCGGUCAGAGUGUGAGGCCGAGGUGGGCUGGAACCUGACCUACAGCAAGGCCGGCGUGUCCGUGUGGGUGCAGGCUGUGGAGAUGGAUCGGACACUGCACAAGAUCAAGUGCCGGAUGGAGUGCCGUGAUGUGCCAGCCGAGACGCUCUUCGGAAGAAGUGGGACAGCAACGUCAUUGAGACUUUCGAUAUCGCCCGGCUGACAGUCAAUGCUGACGUGGGCUAUUACUCUUGGAGGUGUCCCAAGCCCCUGAAGAACCGCGAUGUCAUCACCCUCCGCUCCUGGCUCCCCAUGGGCGCUGAUUACAUCAUUAUGAACUACUCAGUCAAACAUCCCAAAUACCCACCUCGGAAAGACUUGGUCCGAGCUGUGUCCAUCCAGACGGGCUACCUCAUCCAGAGCACAGGGCCCAAGAGCUGCGUCAUCACCUACCUGGCUCAGGUGGACCCCAAAGGCUCUUUACCCAAGUGGGUGGUGAAUAAAUCGUCUCAGUUUUUGGCUCCUAAGGCCAUGAAGAAGAUGUACAAGGCGUGCGUCAAGUACCCAGAGUGGAAGCAGAAGCAUCAGCCUCACUUCAAGCCGUGGCUGCACCCGGAGCAGAGCCCGCUGCCGAGCCUGGCGCUGUCGGAGCUGUCGGUGCAGCACGCGGACUCGCUGGAGAACAUUGACGAGAGCUCGGUGGCCGAGAGCCGCGAGGAGCGCGUGGGCGGCGGCGCGGGCGGCGAGGGCAGCGACGAUGACACCUCGCUCACCUGAGCACUGCACUGCCGCAAGGACUGAGACUGGGCGGGCCGAGCCCAGGGCGUGGACCCUCCUGCGCUUUCUCCCCUCCCGCAACCCCGUGCUUCCUGGGGGAACUGUGCUGGGCCCCGGUCUGGCCGAGG